AUGGAACAUGUCGAGGAUCUCCAACUCAAGGCUGCCCACGAAACACUAUUCAAUGCAGGGCUAAAAACGCGCUAUGAGGUUGCUGGAAAAGAAUACGUCGACAAGUCCCUCCUGAACGGUUCCUCGGAAUUUGCUCGACCUAUGCAGGAACUGGUGACGGAAGCAUGCUGGGGCUCAGUUUGGCAGAGAACAGGCAUCGAGCGAAAGACGAGAUCGCUCCUGAAUAUUGCCAUGCUCUGCGCUCUGAAUCGUGGACCAGAAUUGGCUGUGCACGUUCGAGGGGCGCUGAGGAAUGGAGCAUCCGAAGUCGAGAUCAGGGAGGUCCUGCUGCAGGUGGCCAUCUACUGUGGAAUGCCCGCAGGUCUGGAAGGGUUCAAGAUUGCAGAGCGAGUAAUCUUGGAGGUGAAAGGGGAGCAGGGGAGCGGCUGA